CUGCCCUGUCUGUGUCCAAGAGCUGAGUGCAAAAUGCGAUCCUUCCGAGCGCUCGCUGUCCUCGCCUCGGCGUCAUCAGCCAGCGCUCUGUCGCCAGGGUCUGUGCUCCACUCGCCGCUCCGGCGACGCCAGUCUGCGCCAGUCUGCGCCGAGGAGCGAUCGGCUCUUCCUCUUCUGCCUGCCAUUUUCAGCACCGACGCCGCCGUGGCCGAAAGUGGGCUCGACUCGGCCCUUGUGCCGCUGCGCAUUGCCGCUGGCGUGCUGAUGAUCCACCACGGCUCGGAGGGCGGAUUGGGCCCGGCCAACUUUGGCACGCCAGGCUUCGAGGGCUUUGUGGACUUCAUCAUCAAGCCGUACUUCGGCUUCCUCCCUGGCGACCCGGCGCUCUGGUCUGCGCUGCACGACUACGCAGAGUUCUGGGGCGGGCUGCUCGUGGCCAUCGGCCUUCUCACGCGGCCGGCCUCGCUGCUCCUCUUUGCCACGAUGGCGUGCGCAGUUUACUUCCACCUCGCAUCGACCGGACUCCAGGGCUUCCCGCUCGGCCAUGUGGAGAACUACAGCUACAAUUUCGAGGAGCCCGUGCUCUACGCGCUGAUCUUUUGGCUCCUGUCCAAGACCGGAGCCGGCUCGAUUUCCAUCGACGAGAAGAUUGCUCAGGCCUUUGACGCAGAAUGAACCCGGCAAGAGGGUGGGCGAGAGCCGAACAUGCGUACGCAGCCCCUUGGAGCGCGAAGCAUCCGUAGCCCUCCGCUCUACUGUGGAGCGCGCGAGGGGCUGGAGCGGUGGAGCGGACCAGAAUCGCAGAGUGUCCACGCAUGAAGGCACGCAUGAUUUGGGGUGAUAAAUAAAAAUAAAUAAGGCGGGUC